GAAAGAGCUAAAGAUCUAAUCUCUAAUGGCACCACCAUUAAGCGAAAUAUUAAUCCAAGUUCCAAACGAGCCCUGGGAAGAUAUCUAAACUCGAUUGAUUGGCCUCAAAUUAUUCCAUCUACUAAUGAUUGUGAUCAGUUAUCGAACAUGUUUCAAAACAUAGUCCUUACUGGGGUUAAUAUAUUAAUGCCGAUGACACGAUCAAAGAAAUGUCCUGUCGAUGCCCCCUGGAUAACGAACCAUUUCAAAUCGCUGAUCAUUGAAAG